AUGCAAAGUCGCUCGGCACAGACACUGGCGGAACAAGACGAGGACCUGACGUGCUGUGGGCGCGCCACUUGCUGCCACGGUCGUCUUCGCGAUGUAAACGUGACCGAGCCGCUGAUCGGUUGGUGCUGCGAUCAGUUCACCUACGAGACGUUAUUCUGGCUGGUGACCGUCACGCUGAUGCUGUCCAUGUGCGGCACGAUUCUCUACUACUACGUGGGCGAGCCGAUGCUACCGGGCGGCAACCUUUUCGGCCUACUCGCCACCCUCGUCUUCGCUUACUUUCUCGGCUGGACUUUGGCCUACGUGCCAUUCCUCAAGCUGCCCCCGGUCUUUGGAAUGCUACUGGCAGGCAUAAUCGUUCGCAAUGCUGGCUGGUACGACAUCCACGAGCAGCUGGGCCCGAGGGUGAGCUCGAAGCUGCGCACGUUCUCGGUGACGUUCGUGAUGCUGCGAGCCGGAUUGCAGUUCAGCUGGCUGGCGCUGCGCGAGCAUCCCCUGUUCGUGCUGAACCUCGCCGUCGUGCCGUGCAGCAUGGAGCUGGCCGCCGUGGCCUUGCUGUGCCGCGGCCUCCUCGGCUAUCCUCUCGUCUGGGCCUUGCUCGCGGGGAGCAUCAUUGCCUGCGUGUCGCCGGUGGUGCCGAUCAACUGCAUGCUCGCCUUAGCCGAGCGCGGCUACGGCGAGGACAAAGAAAUCUCCACGCUGCUGUUUGCCGCCGCGUCGCUGGACGACGUGCACAUCGUCUCCGUGUACUCGAUUUGCUUCUCCUUCGUGUUUUCCGACGGUGAGCUGCCCCGCCAGUGGUGGUCCUACAUUUCAGGAGGUCUGCGGGAUCUGCUGCUCGGCACGACCGUCGGCGCUGCGUUCGGCCUCCUCUUCGUUUUCUUGCCGCACAGGAGACACCGAUACGUGCUGUGGUAUCGGGUCUGCGGUCUAGUGCUGGGCUCGCUCAUGUGCACCACGGCCAUGACGAAGGUCUUGAAAACCGGAGGUGGUUUCCUCGCUACCAUCGUAAUGUCUCUCGUUGCCACCAUGGGUUGGCGAGUUCUCAGCGUGCCGUUCGACGUGAGGCCAAUGCGUCGAGCAGUGCACAUAAUGUGGCACUUGAUGCAGCCAGUGCUGGUCGGGGUGAUCGGUGCCGAAAUCGAUUUUCGCGAUUGGUCUCUCGCCAGAUUUGGUCUCUACGUCGUCUGCAUCUCCGGGGGACUGCUGGUCCGUACUAUAUUCGCGUACUUGGCCACGUUCCACACGCCCUUCAACUCGAAAGAACGCUUAUUUAUCGCUCUAGCCUGGAUCUCCAAAGGGACACUGCAGGCAGCACUGGCUCCGAUGACGUACGAGCAGGCAAAGUUGAACGACGACGAGCGGGAAUUGCAGUUGGCCGAGGACGUGGUGAAGAUGUCAGCAGUGUCGAUCCUGUUCCUCGCGCCACUCGGCGCUAUCGUCAUGAUGCUGACGGGGCCGCGACUACUCAACCAGACGUCGCUCGAGGAGCACCGCAGACGACGCGAGCUCAGCCGCAUCAAGCUCUUGAGCUUGCAGCCGGUGCAGCGCACUUGA